AUGGUGGGACUUGACCAGACGAUGUCGUCCAGCCCGAAUCGCGGUUCGAAAUCGGCGGCCAACAGCAACAUCAACAACAGUCGGCCAACCAGCAAAGAUGGCUCCAAAAAGAACAUUUGGUCUUCGCUGCUGGACGGCGUCGCUAACGGAAAGCGCUUGCCGGAGAAGAACCUUUUGAUUCUUGGUGGAACACCGGACAGCCAGAGGGAGUUUCUAGAGACUCUUUCAGCUGACACAUCGGCCGACCCCAGCUUGGUGAAUGAUAAGCGCAGAGGCAAGACGCCGCCGAUUGCCAACCAGUUUGCGCUGGGAUACACAUAUCGAGAUGUCCUCGAUGCCGAUCGAGAAGGUAUAUUUACGGCAACUCUCUGUUGGAUUUUGAGCUCUGCUAAUCUCGCCUUUUAUCAAGAUACUCUGGCGCGUGUCUCGGCGUACCUCCUAUCUGAACCUUCUCUGUCCUUCGCACCUCUCCUUAAACCGCUCUUGACUCCCCAAUCCGUGCCGGAAACGCUGGUGGUAAUUCUUAUGGAUUGGUCAGACCCGUGGACAUGGAUCCGGCGACUACGGGAAUGGAUCCGUCUGCUUCGUUCGGUGCUGGUUUCUGUGGACGACGAGACCAAAAUUGCCAUGGAGGAGACGAUGACGGAGUGGCGUGAUCGUAAGAGGGGUAUAGACGCCAGUGCUGCUGCUGCAGCGAGUUCGGGAGGUCCUGUCACGAUACCCUUGGGACCGGGCGAAUGGGAUGAAGGGCUUGGAAUUCCCAUGUGUGUUGUCUGUCAAGGAGCCGAUAAAAUCGAGAAGUUGGAGAAAGACCACGGAUGGCACGAAGAGGAGUUUGACUUCAUUCUGCAGUUCUUGCGAACAAUCUUAUUGAAGCACGGCGCAUCUCUCAUCUAUACGACACCUUUCCUUGCAAACUCACUCCAGAGUCUGAUCCAUUCGUCACUGGGUAUACACUCUCUUUUGAAGCGACAGUCAUUAAAACACAAUGUCAUCGACCGCGACAAGAUUCUCGUCCCAGCAAACUGGGACUCAUGGGGCAAGAUCCGGAUUAUUCGGGAAGGAUUCGACAUGGAAGGCGUGUCAACGGCAUGGUCGAUUGAAAUCCAAGAUGCCCCCGAGCCACUCGAUUUUGAGCAGCCUGUCGAGACCGCACCUGGCGGAAACACCGCAUCCGAGGAGGACGGCAGCAGCGCCGUGACGGUGUUCGAGCAGACGAUCCAGGAUCCCCGCCGGGACAGGACGGUCGCCCACCCCAGCAGCAACGCCCGUGGCGACUCCGUGGAAAUCGAGACGUCCGACAUGCAGAACUUCCUCUCUAAGCAACUCGAGAAGCUUGAGCAGCUCAAGGCCGAGGAUGAAAAAGACCGCGCGAAUCAGCAAACUCCGCAGCUGGAAAUGUCGCCGAUGGACGAUCAGGGCCGGGUCAAUGAGCACAUCGGGCCCGUGCAGUUCAAUAUGGGAGGCAUCCAGGUGGAUGCGGAUGAUAUGCUGAAGAAGCUGAGGGACCGCGAAGCUAGUCGCUCCCAAAGGAAGGAAGGGCCCCCGACCAGUCCAGGCGACGAAAAAGCGCACAACCAGGCGCUGGCCAACUUCUUCGCCGGCCUGGUCAAGAAACCUGGCAGCAGUCCUCGCGGCAGUCCGUCC